CCUGCCUGUAAAGUGGGUGGAAAUAAUAAUCGAUAGAGAGAGAGAGGCGACCAUCGUCGUCCCUUCAAGCACCACCUCCCCCGCCCCCAUCUCUCCUCAAAUUGCACCCAAAAUCAAACCUUCCCACCCCACGUUUUUCUCCUCUUUCCCCAAUCCAAUUAUGGUUUUGGCUCCCACGAGGAGGAGGAGAAGGCUUUGGCUCUGCCUCUGAUUUCGGUUCCUUCAAUCUCGGCCCAGAGCUACUCAGAAGAAGGCAUGUUUACGAUUAUUAUUGCUUAUUUGUUCCUCUCGUUGAUUGCGAUUACUUGUUCCUUCUUUCUGCUUCGAUUGUUUCUGUACCGCACGGCUUUGAUUUACCUUUUCAAGAAUUGGGCGCAUUGGGUCGAAGACCGACUUCAUGUUCACCAGUUUUUCAAGGUUCCCCAAUUGAAUGACAACUUCCAGGAGAAUCAGUUUUACGGCAAAGUCUAUACUUACCUCAAUUCCUUGGCUUCCAUCGAGGACUCCGAUUUCACCAACCUCUUCGCCGGCAAGAAGUCCAACGAUAUCCUUCUCUGCCUCGACGACAAUCAGACAGUUCACGACGAAUUUCUCGGAGCCAGAGUUUCCUGGAAGAACGAGGUCACUGGCGGAAGGAGGAGUCUUGUGUUGAGGAUCAAGAAGAAGGACAAGCGCCGGAUUCUCAGGCCUUAUCUUCAGCACCUUCACACGGUCUCCGAUGAGAUCCAGCAGAGGCGGAGAGAGUUGAGGCUCUACAUGAACACGCAACCCGAUGAUCGGACCAAUGGACGCUGGAGAUCUGUUCCCUUUACGCACCCCUCCACGUUCGACACCGUCGCCUUGGAUUCCGAUCUGAAGAACAAGGUCAGAUCCGACCUGGAAUCGUUUCUCAAGUCGGAACAGUACUAUCACAGGCUCGGCCGCGUCUGGAAGAGAAGCUACCUUCUCUACGGCCCGUCCGGCACGGGAAAAUCAAGCUUCGUCGCCGCCAUGGCCAAAUUCCUCUCCUACGACGUCUAUGACAUCGAUCUCUCGAGAGUCUCAGACGACUCCGAUCUCAAAAUGCUUUUGUUACAGACGAAGAACAAAUCCUUGAUCGUAUUAGAAGAUCUCGAUCGGUUCAUGGGGGAGAAAUCUACGGCGGUGAGCAUGUCCGGCGUGCUGAACUUUAUGGACGGAAUUGUGAGUUCGUGUUGUGGAGAUGAGAGGGUGAUGUUGUUCACGAUGAACAGCAAAGACCAUAUCGAUCCAGCGAUCCUCAGGCCGGGACGAAUCGAUGUCCAUAUUCAUUUCCCUUUCUGCAACUUCAAUUCUUUCAAGAGCCUAGCCAAUUGCUAUCUAGGGCUCAAGGACCACAAGCUGUUUCCGCAAGUGGAGGAGGUGUUCCAGAGCGGCGCGACGCUAAGCCCGGCGGAGAUCGGCGAGAUCAUGAUCGCCCACAGGGGCUCGCCGAGCCGGGCCCUGAAAUCGGUGAUCACGGCGCUCCAGACCAACGCCGAGACAAGGGCGGCCAAAAAUGUGGGCCGGAGAUUGAGCGAGACAGCCUCGUCGAGAGCUUCGGCGGACAACCCCGGCGAGUCUGGCCGGUUCAAAGACAGCGGCAUCCCUCCGGUGAAGGAGUUAAGGAAGUUGUAUGGUUUAUUGCGGUUGAAGAGCUGUAACAAAGUUGAACCGUCCGAUCAUGACUCGUAGAAGAUCGUACGGCGAUCCAUUGGCCUGCAUUGCAUUAUUAUUAGUUCAAAAACAGCUAAGAUUGUUUAUAAAUACGAUCUCUGUGUUUCUUUCUCUUUUUUCUUUUUUUCUUUACCCUCUUAAGAAAUACGAUCGAUCUCUGUUCGGUAGCA